AGAUAGCUCUGUAUACCAUGUGCGAUUGCGGUAAAUGUCUUGCCUUUCCUGGCAGACGUGUUGCGUGUUAUAUAGAGGGGUUGCGAGCCCAAAUACGCGUACAAGUUGGUUAGGAGAUUACAUCUUGGGAAGGAAGAAAAGCUAGAGAUAAGAAGAUAAAGAUUACAAGAUACUUAUCCAACUAACUACUUCCAAUGGUGGUGAACUCCUCCUUGUACACGGAAUGCAUGCGCAACAUUAUCAUGUUUGACAAUAAUAAUAUUCCUGCUAGCGAGCUCACAUUACAAAAGCAUUGCUGUAAUUCUUUUCAUACAAAAUGGUCAAAUACAUAUUUUCUGUAUAACUAAGAAUAAGUUCGUACAUAUAACUGUAAGCAUAUAUAUCUUAUGAAAUCAUUGAUGUCCCGUCUUUAGUGGACCAUGGCAGCUAUCACCGCCAGGUUUGGUCAAAAUUGCUGGUAAUGCAUCUUAUGUGAUAGGUUGUUCCGUACUAGUGAGAGACUGAAAAAUUGUGGUUGCUGCCGCCGGAUCUGAUGACACAGGCUGCCUGUUGCAGCUACCACCUGCCUGCAUAGGGAGGUGUGGGAGACGAUGAACUGUAACCCCCUCAUCUUUCUCAUUGAUAGGCGAGGAUGAAGGAAGGCGCAGCGGGGUUUUAGUUUUCCUACAUUUUCUUGUUUUUGUGUGCUUCUGUAUUUUUUCCUUGUUCUGAAUUUCCUUCCCCAGUUUCCUUGAAUUCAUAUUUUUUUGAAGUAAAAUCAUGUUUAACUGGCAGACACUGGCGCAAAAGAACCGUCCCGUCAUCGAAUAUGAUUUUGUAAUGUUUUGUAUGGGCUUGAAACUCAAAGUUCAGAAUUGUCCAUUUUGGAUCUUAAAGACCAAAUCUAAACUUGGGAAGUAGCAGGGGACGAAAAUAAUAUUUAGUAUUUAAUAAAGGAGUUGAUGCAUAAAAUGGUUUAGACUUAAGGAAUGAAGUCAUAAAUUGUAUAAAUAUAAAUAAAUCCAAAAGUCUGACACUGCUGAAUGAUUUUGUUGCGGACUUUUGAGCUAUAUGAUGAAGAUGUUAUAUUGUUCACCAUGCAUGACCUGGUGCAUGAUUUAGCAAGAUCGGUCAUGGACGAUGAAAUUCUUUUUGUUGGCAAAAGCACUAAUGCUGCAGAAAGCCGCUACCACUAUGCAUUGCUCGAUGAUUGUAGCAAGCCUUUGGGAUCGGACUUGUCCAAGAUAAGAGCGUUGCGUUUUAUGGAUUGUGACAAAUAUGAACUUCAUGAUGCUGCAUUUUCAUCUGCCAAGUCUUUGCGUGUCUUGGACUUAAGUGAGUGCGCCAUAUAUACGUUGGCGGAUUGUAUUGGUGAACUCAAGCAAUUGAGAUAUCUUAAUGCUCCAAGUGUCCAAGAUGCAAAGAUUCCAGACACUAUCACCAAGCUCUCAAAAUUGAUUUAUCUGAAUCUUCAUGGAUCUCCUACAAUCUUAGCAUUACCAGAGGCAAUUGGAGAAAUUGAGAGUCUAAUGUAUCUUGAUUUGUCAAGUUGUUCGGGAAUCACAAAACUGCCAGAAUCAUUCAGGAGGCUACAAAAACUGGCGCAUUUGGACUUAUCAAAUUGCUCUUCUGUGGGAGGAAUAUCAGUGUUCUUGGAGAGUCUCACACAGCUAGAGUAUUUGAACUUAUCAUAUGAACUUAUCAAACAGCUCAUAUCUUGAAUGUGGUAAAGAAGCAGAAUUUUUGGGUGCCCUCACCAAACUCGAGUAUUUGAACUUAUCUUCAAGGAAAUGUGGACUCAAGAAGUUCCCUGAAUCUUUGGGCGGAUUCAGUCAACUCAAGUACUUAAACUUAUCAGGUUGGCGAUAUAUGAAAAAAUUGCCAAGAUUAUUUGGGAGUCUGAAGAAUCUGCUCCAUCUUGACUUAUCACAUUGUUAUAUGGCUGAUGGAGUACAUGAUGCUUUGGUCGGUCUUACCAGUCUGCAACAUUUGAAUUUACAAUAUACACAGCUCAGUUUGCUGCCAGAUGAUCUGACCAAGCUCCGGUAUUUAAAUCUCUCUAGACUAAGAAACAUACCGCCAGUAGAUUCCUUGGAUGAACCGCACAUAGAUGAAUUUGGUGUUCUCCUUGCAAAAACCUGGGACAUUCUCCUCAACCAGAUAUGCAGAAUUGAUCUUUCAGAGCUAGAGCAUUUGGACUUGUCUGGAAAUUAUGGUAUGGAAGGAAUACCUGAAAGUAUUUGUAGCCUGACAAAACUUCACACAUUGGACCUCUCGGGAUGCACAGAUUUGAAGAAAAUACCUGAGAGUAUAUGUACAGUUGGUAGCUUGAAGUUUCUUUAUUUAGAGAAUUGUUACAGUCUUGCUGAAGUACCUCAACUCGAUAGUAGUGCAAUAUCGUUACCACACUUUGUGGUGCAUGCUGGUAAUGAUGGAUCUAGCAGCAAUCUUGUCCUGCUAAAGUCCACAAAUCCUUUUGAGCUGGAGAUAACUGAACUUGAAAAUGUGAGGUCCGCAGGAGAGGCACAUAGUAUAAAAUUAAUGGAAAAGCAAAGCAUUCGGUUGUUGAAACUGGAGUGGACUCGAGGUGUUGACAGAUUUGUGGAUGACAAAAUGUUGCUGGAAAAACUAGUGCCUCCAAGCACAUUGAGUGAAUUGGAGAUAAGUGGUUAUAACAGUGUCAUCUUUCCAGGCUGGGUAGUGGGCCAACUACCAAACCUGAACUCACUGGUUCUCAGAGAUAUGGCAAAUCUGGAAGAGUGGGACACUUCAUACUCCACCGGUGAGGAGAACGUGUUAACAAGAGUGCAAAUACAUGGUUGUCCCAUGCUAACGAUGAAAGGGCCUCUGCCUAAAGCUAAGGAAUGGGAGAUAACAUGCAGUGAUAAUGUGUUAUCAUCAUGGGAUGAGUGCAUUGUGUCACACACCAGUCCUUCCUCCUCUUCUUCAGUAACUACUAUGCUGUCAGUUAGAGACUGCAAGGGGCCUCUGCAUGAGUGGAGGUGGCUUCAACACUUCCCUGGACUCCCUUAUUUGUAUAUUAACAAUUGUGGCGAUCUAACCGGCUCACCAGAUAUCAUCCAACUACUAUCCUCUUUGGAGAAACUAUGGCUAGAAGACGAAGACAUGGAAGAACUGCCAAUAUGGUUGGGUGAGCUCCCGUCUCUAAAGGAUCUGACUAUGCGGAAUAGCAAUGGUGUAAAGGAGUUGAAUGAGAACAUAAGGCAACUCACAAAGCUUGAAACGCUAGAACUGGAAUUCUGCAAUAGCAUAUCUGUAGUGCCACAGUGCCUAGGCGAAUUGACCUCUCUCAAGAAUCUUUGGAUAUCUAACAAUGGAGUCUUGAGGUCGUUGCCGGCAAGCAUACAACAACUCACCAGCCUCUAGGAAAUAAAAAUUAUUAAGUGCGAUGCAUUAGAGCACGUGGUUGCUGAAACAGAGGAGGGAAAGAUGAAGCUGGCUGACGACCAACAAAGGGAAUCUGCUCUGCCCACCUCUCUAAAGAGACUUUGUCUGAGUGGAUGUGAUGGUAUCAAGUCUUUUCCUGAGGGAAUACAUCAACUCACUAACCUACAAAUAACGGGGUGCCCUGGACUAAAGGAAUGGUGUGAAUUAGAGGAAACCAAGACCAAAUUGGCUUGCAUAGAAACGAAGUGGAUUAGCUUCUAGACAGUGCAUAUACUGCACACCCAGGUUGCAAAAUGAAGGGCCUGAAUCACCCUGCAAGAUUUUGUUCUGGAUGAUUCAAAUUGACGAUGUGCUUGAAGGAGGACCACGUCAGGAGCAAGGGAAUUGCGAGCUGUGGCGAUGGGAAACUUGUUUGCAAGGUUGCAGCAUGGAACUCUGAGGCUGCAGGUUAUUACCUCCACUAGCUAGUGUUCUGUUCUACAGAGUAUCGAAGGUCUCAACCAAGUCCUUUGUACUUUGUGCUUAGUUUGCAUAGUUUUGUAUACUGCGUCGAUCACUGUACUAGUUUUGUACUAGUAGUAUGUUUCACCAGAGACACAGACACAGAUGAUUGUAGAACUUGUAUGUUAGUGGCUUGUAUUCAUUCGGUCCUGGUGAGCGUGAAUUCUUUAUUUGGCCCUUUCUUAAA